AUGACCGGUGAAUUCUAUGGGACGAUCAAGCCACAGGCAAACUUCAAUGCCGAGGAAGCAGCUGACAGAUUGUAUGAAGCGAUGAAGGGCCCCGGAUGCGAUAAGUAUAAAGUCAUCCAGGUGAUUGCGCACUGCAACAACGCUCAGCGACAGAUGAUGCGCACACCCUAUAAGAAUAAAUAUGGGAAGGAUUUGUCCGAGGAAUUGAAAAAGGAGCUGUCCGGCGAUUUCGAGGAUGUCAUUCUGGCGCUAAUGGACACACCAACCAAAUAUGAUGCCAUGCAGUUACAGAAAGCUAUGAAGGUAUGCUUGUGUUUUUUGUAUCAUAAUUGUGGACUGUAUUAA